AUGGCCAAGGUCGCACAGAAAGCAGUCCUCAUCUGCAUUGACGGAUGGGGUGUCGCCGGCGAAAAGUCGCCCGACAAGGGUAACGCCAUCCUCAACGCCGACACUCCCUGGAUGGACGAGUUCGCCAAGGACGGCAGCAAGGUCACCCAGGGCUACACGGAGCUCGAGGCCUCGUCGCUGGCCGUCGGUCUGCCCGAGGGCCUCAUGGGCAACAGCGAGGUCGGCCACUUGAACAUUGGUGCCGGCCGCGUCGUCUGGCAGGACGUGGUGCGCAUCGACCAGACCAUCAAGAAGGGCGAGCUCAACAAGGUCGACAACAUCAUCAAGAGCUUCACCCGCGCAAAGGAGGGCAACGGCCGCCUGCACCUGCUCGGUCUCGUCUCUGACGGCGGUGUCCACUCGCACAUCAACCACCUGCUCAAGCUGCUCGACGUCGCCAAGGAGGUCGGUGUGCCCGAGGUCUACAUCCACUUCUUCGGCGACGGCCGUGACACCGACCCCAAGUCCGGCGCCGGCCACAUGCAGACCGUCCUCGACCACACCAACAAGAUCGGCCUCGGCAAGAUCGCCACUGUCGUCGGCCGCUACUACGCCAUGGACCGCGACAAGCGCUGGGACCGUGUCGAGCAGGCCAUGAACGGCAUCUUCAAGGGCGAGGGCGACGAGUCGUCCGACCCCGUCAAGUCUAUCAAGGACCGCUACGAGGCUGGCGAGACUGACGAGUUCCUCAAGCCCAUCAUUGUCAACGCCAAGGACGGCAGAGUCCAGGGUAUGUCCUGUCCCAUCUUCUUGAGUCUCCACGUCACUAACACACUACGCCAGNACAACGACACGCUCUUCUUCUUCAACUACCGCAGCGACCGCGUCCGCGAAAUCACCCAACUCAUCGGCGACCAGGACCGCAGCCCCAAGCCCGACUUCCCCUACCCCUCCGACAUGCACCUCACCACCAUGACCCGCUACAAGACCGACUACACCUUCCCCCUCGCCUUUGCUCCCCAGACCAUGGACAACGUCCUCGCCGAGUGGCUCGCCAAGCAAAAGGUCCACCAGUGCCACGUCGCCGAGACGGAAAAGUACGCCCACGUCACCUUCUUCUUCAACGGCGGUGUCGAGGUUCAGUUCGACAACGAGCACAGAGACAUGGUCCCCUCGCCCCGCGUCCCCACCUACGACAAGGAGCCCAAGAUGAGCGCCAUGGCCGUCGCCGACAAGCUCUGCGAGCGCAUCAAGGAGGGCAAGUUCGAGUUCCUCAUGAACAACUUUGCUCCCCCAGACAUGGUCGGCCACACUGGUGUCUACGACGCUGCCGUCAUUGCCUGCACAGAGACCGACAAGGCCAUUGGCAAGGUCUACGAGCAAUGCAAGGAGAGCGGCUACACCCUCUUCAUCACCGCCGACCACGGCAACGCCGAGGAGAUGCUCAACGAGAAGAACACCCCCAAGACCUCGCACACUCUCAACAAGGUUCCCUUCGUCAUGGCCAACGCCCCCGAGGGCUACAGCCUCAAGAAGACUGACGGUGUCCUCGGUGAUGUUGCUCCCACCGUCCUCGCCGUCAUGGGCCUGCCCCAGCCCGAGGAGAUGACUGGCUCCAGCUUGUUGAUCAAGUCCUAG